AAUAAUUUUCAAAAUUUUCAAAAAAUUAAUCCAAAUGAACGAUCACUGAAAACACAAAAUUUUUAUCAUAUAUUUGAAAAAUACAUUCCAAAUACUUAUUGUGGUGGUCUGGUGGUGGUGGCUUAAAACAGAGGCAGGGAAUUGCCGGGAACACAAACACUGUUUCGUCUGUUUGGUGCUUUGCUUACAUAUAUUUAAAAAUGAAAUUUCGUGGGAAAAUGAUUGAUCCUAAUUGCAUUAAGCAAUUUAUAGGUAUUUUAGGUUGCAUGACAAAACUUGGGAAAUCAUGCAUUCUUAGGAUUACCACAACCGAUUUAUAUUUCAUCGUUCGAGAAUCUCAGACAAUAUCCGCCUCUCCACUUAUCUGGUGUGCCCUUGAUGAGGGCCAUUUUUUCUCUGAAUUUGGAAUGGAAGGAUUGAGCACUGUUGAUAAUGAAAUCUACCUCGAGUUUGUUGCAGAAAAUGUUGCAAGAACAUUGAGUGCCCUCAAGGUAUCAGGCACAGCCAAAUCUGUAAAAAUCAAACUUACCAAGAAGCUAUCAUCACCUUGUCUUACUUUUGAAAUUGAUUUGCCAUCAGGUACUAAUCAUUCAAGGCUGGUUGUUCAUGAUAUUCCUGUAAACUUGGUUCCAAGACGGCUAUGGAAUGACUAUCUCGAGCCAGAAGCUAUGGAUCCAGAUAUAUCAGUGCAUAUGCCUCAGCUCCGCUUAAUGAAGAGUAUUGUCGAGCGGAUGAAAAACCUUGCUAAUAUGGCUACCAUUCAUGUGACGUCAGAGGGAUUACUGACAUUGACUGUUGAAACUGAGGCCGUUUCCGUUACUUCGCAUUUCGAUAAUCUCCAUGUAGAAAAGAAAAGUAUCGGAAAAGAAGAGGAAGCCAGUGUCACCAUCGAACUUAAGCGUCUAUCAAAUUUUCUAGGUCAUGAACAACUAAACCCCCAAAAAGUCGUGUGUGAUGUGUUGCAGUCGAAACUGAUGCAUUUGAACUUCCUAAGCGAUAGUUACACUUUACAAUACUUCCUACCAGGAAUUAACGAUCAAUAACGAGAAAAAAAAACUUUCCUGAGUUCCCUUGUUGAUUUAUUAGAGUGGUCUUAACUUGAACGAUUACAUAGGGCUCACAUUUACGCGCUGAAUUCGGUACCUACAACUCACGGAAAACCAUCGUCAUCUUCUUCAGCCAUUUCCUUUGCAUAUUCCAAAUCUUGCUGUUCCCGCUCGCGACGUUCCUAGAAGAAAAAUUUAAUCGAAUUUUUUACCAUUGCCCAAUACAUACAACGCGGAAAAUUCA